AUGUUACUUAAGCAUGAACCACCGGUUUCAUAUACCCAUGUCCACAGGUAUGCCUCUAUAGUCACGGGGUUCGAUCAGUCUGGGAUAGACCGAGGUCAGUCAGUAGACGACACCUCCGGCAUGGGUCCAGAAACGACUGUUUCACGGGGCGUGUCUGAUUUCUACGAUGAAGGGCUCGAGGAUCAGGGUUUUCUGGUACAUACGCGUUACUUUGUUGUAGGUAGAUUUGUUAGGAGUAUCGCAUGCGUUGACCUUAUAGUCCCGUGGGUAUGCUUCGAGCUGCCCGUGGUGUCGGUACGGCCUGGCUAUGCGGUCGUGGGUGUAUUCUGUGUAUGCUGA